UAACGAAAACCUCAAUAGGAUGACCAAAGUGUCAAAGGAUGGCAAAAGAUACACCAAUAUUACUUACCCGAARUACAAAAUGGGUGAGGAAGUUGUGCGUGACAUAGCUGUGGAGCCAACAUAUGAUUAUGUGGAAAACRUGAAAAAAAUACUGUUCAGUUCAUCCAGAGACAUGUUAGAGAAGAUAAUGAGUGAAUAUAAAGCCAAAGUCCCUGAACCUUUAAACAAUAAAUUCCCACAGAAAAGAAGUAAAGAUGAAGCAAUGGUUUACUAUGAAGAAAGAAAACAAAAAGUUGUAAAAUUGGUACCAACAGCUAAGCAUCAGGAAGAACUUCUUCAGGAGUGUUCAUCCACAAAGAAAAGGAAAUCUGAUGAUUCAAGUAUAGAGCCGCCAAAGGAAAAAGUCAGGAAAUGCAAGAAAUGUAGUAACCCAAUGAAAGGACACCCAAAGAACAAAUGUCCUACUUAAUAACAGAUUUAGAKAAAAGGUGAAAAAAUGYAUUGAACAAUCAGUAAGAAAUAUUUUGCAAGCACAGUGUUAAUUAGCUGUUAUUUGCAGCUCGUUCUUGCCCAGAUUGGUACCCUUUAGUUGCAUUGSUUGGAUAUUUGCACCUGAUGUCAUGAUAUAUACAAGCUGGAAGAGGUCUAGUAUUCUCCCAUCCCAUAUAUCCACACAACCAUCUUAUCAACCAUCUAUAAGCCACUGCCUUAAUAAACCUAUAAGGUAAAAAGGAAUUAAUAACUGGAUAAAGAAAAAGAUGUGGGAACUAGGUGAAAAUGCUUUGAAAAAUAUCAAAUGACGAUAUGUAUAUCAAAUAAUGUAUGUGUAAUAACGACAGAACUUGACUAAAGUAUUAUGAAUUAA